UGGAUGUUUCUGUGGGUGUUUGGGCUUUUCCUUCUCCGCUCGCUGAUGGUCGUCAGAGCUUUGUCCGUGUCUGAUGGUCGUCUGAUUCUUCCAGCCGAAGCUCAAAACACAAUGCUCGGUAUUAUCGAGCAUGGUGUUUUGAAUGUGCUUGCGCCAGUUUGCAUUCAUCGCUUCCUGUUGAUUUUGAGUGUAGUGAUUUCGAGUCUUGUUCCGCGGUGAGUGAUAUAGAGCUGAGAUUAUGGAACAACGCAAUAUCUUCAGAAAUUUCUGGAUAAGAUGUAUCUUGGCUCUCUCAUGGACGAGGUCGCCAGUCGUUUACGAGAAGCCAAAGAAAGAGGUUGGAGAAUCAGCUUGCAUUGUUCAUGCAAGCUGUUUGUGGAGCAGUCUUGACUCAUGUCGUGUAAUUCGGCUAGAAUUUGGUUCUUUGAUGAAGCAGCUGUAGAAGGUCUUGAUUCAUGUGCUGCAGUUCAGCUAGGAGUUGUUUUUCAUCUGAAGCAGAUAUAGUGAGGUAUGUAGGAAGGUAGUGCAGCUCAGGUGUCGCCAUCCAUGGCAGAAGUAGACCAGAAGAAGGUUACAAUCCUUUCUGGUCAGAAGUGUAGGAUGAGAUGCACUUUACCCACUCACUUUGGCCGAGGGUUUCACAAAGUUCAAUUACAGCAAAAUAGAUCACCUUCCAUUCGAAGAGAAGUGCUCUUGGUUCAUAUCUUUAAAUUUGCAGAGCAGCGAAGACGUGGUUCACGUCUGAAGCAACUGUAGCAGGGCCUGAAGUAGUGCAGCUCACUUCUUGCCAUAAUUGGACGAGUAGCAGGAGGAUGAUGAGCAUACAGAAUAGAAAGUGCCCAUCUUUUGCUAGUUAGAAGUGUAGUACUAGAUGAUUUACUCCUCAGUCAGUCAAGCAGAUGGUUCCCCAAAAAUCCAGUGCAGCAACGUGGUAUUCUUGACUCAUGUGGUGCUCUAUCUCCAGUGCAGCUAGGAAGUGGUUGAUUUCUGUAGAGAAUUCUGUAGAGAAGUAGUGCAACUAUGUCAUAUCCAUAGUCUCGAGGAGGACGAGCAGAAAGAUUAGAAGAUUCUUGCUUCUAUAUAGUGUAGAGCGGGACGCAAGUUAAUCACUGAGUAUUGUCAAGGGUUCAUCAAGAAUCAGUGGAAGCACCGGGGGUGGGAGGCUUCAAACAUCAAGAUCAAUUCGGUUUCACUUCGAUUAUCCAAAUUGACUACGCUGAGGACAGCCUCUAAUAGCCAGCGGGCUGGGAGGUGGGAAGUGUUGAUUCUAAGUCAUUUUUCAAGCUCAAGAGGAGUGGACAGAUUCUAGAGGAGAGUAUAUGGCCACACGUAAGAGUCAGAAUGAGAGAAAAAAUUCAGUUUUGUAGUGGAUAGAGAGAUCGUAGUAACGCUGCUGUAUUGUCUUUCAUUUCUAGACCUACCUUCCUGAGGAGUAUGAAGGAGGCUGGGACUACAGUGAAGUCGAAGAAAAGUAUUGAGAGGAGAUUCGUACAAGAGUUGAUGGUGAUUCAUCCCAGCAACAUGAGUGCUGAUCUUAGAGGAAAUCUUUCCUCACCUUCUGAGCUUCAGCAAGAACCUUUCGACAUUAAGAAUAUUGCAUAGUAAUGUUACAGCACGCCAGUCCUAAUGACCUGUUGGACAAGCAGGCAGCGGGUUCGUGUUUCGAGUGAAGGCAUCGAGCUUCCUACGAGUAGACCGCUUUCGAUCCUCUUAAACAGGAGUUUAAAUAGGAGCCCUUGCAAAUUCAUGUUUCUCAUGGUCACUUGCUACCUGAUUGAUAACUGUAUCAUCAUUUUCUCUAGAACCAGGAAGAUUAGAGAGAAAGUGGGGUUACAGACGUAAGAAGCAAAUUCUGAAUAGGCGUCGACCUAGCUAGAAGAGAAAUAGGAGUUUCUAGUGGCUGCCUACAGAAGAGAAGCUCAGUGUUCUUCUUGAGAAUAACAGAUGUCAGCUACAGUCCGAAAUCUAUCCAUUUAGCAGUUAGUAUAGGUGAGGCUGCAAAAGGUAGAGAGUUCAGAAAUCCGCAGUUGCCCUCAGUUGGGUUCGUCAGAUUUUCGAAGUUCAGACUUUACAACUGUUACAGGCUACAGGAUCCGCAUAAACACAUCUGCAAGUCAAGAAAAUUCGUUGCGAUGGAGAUUCCAUCAGACUUUGAUAAUUUGAUGGUAGGACUGAUGGAGCUCCCAAAUCUGUAUAAGGCUCUAUUCCCUGUCAACGAAAACUCAAACGCACAUGUAGCUGCGGAGCUGGUUAUCAAAGCUUCAGAGAACUUCAAGAAAGAGGAGAUUCUUGCAGCGCACCAGUCGGACAUGUCUAAGUUCACAUCAUGGCUCGACUACGUGGACUCGGCCACAGCGAAGAAGGAGAAACUCAGGGGGAGUAUCAAGUGCAGCCAAGGUCCGGGCAAAGGGGUUCUACUCAGGUUAAGAGAAUCUGUGGUGGAGAUUCCGCCCAGACCACCUGCUCCUCUUGGAACCUUACGGCCCAUCAAGUUAUCUGAACUCCACUUGGAUCGACAGCACUACGGACGGGUUCUGUACGGCACCUUCUGCGUCAAGGCGUUCAAAAUGACGGCGGUCCUCACACUUCUGGAGGAGGCAAACACGGGCAAGGUCGUGAAGCUUGCAAUAUACAAUGCUGUAGCGUCGACGGCCACAUUGGGGGAGGUACAAGCUCAGUUUCCGCAGGGGUCGAGGGUAGCUAUCAAGGAGCCGUACUUCAAGAGAUACAAAGAUCAGACUGUGGGACUGCGAGUUAACAAUCCCGGAGACGUCGUUUUCCUGGAGUCAUCGGCUAGUGCAGGAGCUUCUGGCGAUGACAAGCACUGUGACGGCACGGAAUUUGACGACAAAACCGACCUGGACUACGAUCAGCUUCGACUUGAGGGCAACCGGGCAUUUAACUCCGGGGACUUAAGAGCUGCGGUGAAGUUCUACACCAAGAGCAUCGACAAGGCGCUGAGUUGCAGCAAGUCCUGGAAGUUGGAGUCCUCCACGAGCGGGCUGCAGGGAGCCGUUGCAAAGAUUCAAGCGAAUGAGAAGAAAGCGACAUCAUCAGCAACCCCGGGCAGCAAGUCUGAUAACUUGAAUGGGCCAAAGUCGACUUCCAACAAUGCCGACAAUCAGAAGCGAAAAUCCCCAUCGAAGAAAUCGAGCAAGAAGCGGAGCAAACAGCGUAGAGGAGGCUGCGAUCGCGACCAGAGUCAAACGCCCAUGUCAACGAAGGCUGACGUGAAGGCGGAUCUGAAAGCGGAAGCAGCUCUUUUGGCGGCCUACUCCAACAGAUCGGAAGCUUGGCUUCGGAUGAACAAAUACGAGGAGGCGGUAAUUGAUGCAGAGAACGCAUUGCAGAUCGAUCAGGCGCACGUCAAGAGUAUGUUCCGAAGGGGAAAGGCGUCUCAUUGCCUUCAGCAGUACAGCAAAGCCAUUCAGUGCCUCCAGUCGGCUCUCCAGCUUUCCCCCCACGACGCAGACGUCGAGAAAGCCUUGAAAGAAGCCAUCACAGCAGAUUUGCAGAGCAGGCUAGGCGUGUACAAUCUUUCGUCCUACUAUCUCAGCAACUUCUCCGGCAGCCCUCCAAAAUGUGCAGACUAUAGCGGUCCUGUAAAGGUGCAGAUGCUCGAGUCCAAGUAUGGAGCUGGAAGUGGACAGAGGGGACUCGUUACCACGACCAGUGUUAGGGCCGGGGAUCUGCUGCUGGUGAGCAAUCCACUGGCCAUCGCCAGAUCCGAAGGAGUCGAGUUUCACCUCAUACCAGAGACGAGGCGAAUGAACGAUGCUUCUCAGGAGGAUCUGGUAACCCAGCUGUACAACUUUGCAAGAGUAGCUCCCCGCGCGUUGCAUCAGCUUCAGAGCCUGUACAAUGGCAGUAAAAAUUGCUCCCAACCGUCUAUGGAUCUCUUCGUCCCCGGCAGUAUAUUUAAUUCACCAAAGAGCUUUAAGAAUUCCACGAACAUACUAGGGACUGCUCCAGCGCAGCCGGACAUCACUUCGAUCCGCAACGUUGUCCAGUGGAAUGCAUUCGACGAGCAGGGAUUCACUACAGGAGGCGGGAGCGGUCGAAAAGGUUUGAGAAGCUUCUGCUCGGGCAUCUGGGUUCUGCCGUCGUUCAUCAACCACUCAUGUCUGCCGAAUGCAUCCAGAGUACAUGUGGGUGAUGCCAUGAUGAUUUACGCUUCAAGAGAUCUAGAGGCUGGGGAAGAAGUUUGUCUUCCAUAUUUUGACAUACUCUCUCCACUGCCACAACGGAGGGAAAAAGGUCUGGCAGGAUGGGGCUUCACGUGCAAAUGUCCUCGCUGCAAGCUGGAGGAGACCUUGCAGAGCGAAAUCCAGCACAUGACAGACAAGUACUCUCAGCUCGAGGAAGAAGCGAUACCGGCGAUUCAUCAGGAGACCAAAGGUGGAUUUGCAAAAAAGGGCGAUGGAUUUCUCAGAAAUACUUCGCAGUUCCUCGGCCUUGCCAGUGAGGUGGAAGCCCUUCUAUCCACCAGAAAGUUCUCACACUUGACCACUCAGAAGAAGAAUUGGGUCCGUGCCUCGUAUGCGAUUUCUUACAUCGUUGGCAACUCCUCCAUGCCCGCGUUCCCUCAAAACUCAGAUGGUGCAGCGAAAUUCCGCUUUCUGAGUGCUGUGCUUGACUCGCUGGCAGAGGUCUUCCCCGGAAAUUCCCAGACCCUAAUCACGGCGAUUAUGGUCAUGGAGGAGGUACGCAAGCAGCACACGAUGAAGUCGAAGGCUUUCAAAGUUGCUGAGGAGAAAGCACUGGGCAUCUGCCGAUGCAUAUAUGGUAACCAGAAAGUUCCUGUGCUCCGAUCGCUAAUGAAUUCCAUGCAAGAAGGCAUCUUGGAAGCCUGAAUGUUCAGUCAAAUCAUCACGAAGAGUUUAAAAGCAGCAACGUCUGAUUUCGAAGGCUUUCAAGAAUGCUGCUAAGAUGAGCGUGCAGCAUCAGUCUACUGUACAUACAUGUUAGUCAUUAGCGAGCGUAGCUCAGAAAGUUGAGAAAGUUCUCGCGCCACAAGGAGCAUCUUGUGAAGCAUUAGUAUGGGUGGCUUAUACUCAGAAAUGUCUGUAAUCUGGAGGUACUUUGAGCGGCAUCUGUUCAUCUUUCUUAUCGAUUUGAACGUAAGCAAGAGUCAUCUGCUCACUAACUGUGACUUCUGUACACGAUCCGACGAAAAUCAGUGUUGGCGACAGAGGAGGAUACAACGGAUCAAGACAUGUGGUUCUCCAGUCUGUUUUAUAGGUGUGACUGCGACUGAGGAAACCAAGACCCCGAACCCUUUCGAUCGUAAAGUAGCGAUAUCGAGACUCGCCUCAUCUACAUCUUGUCACAGAAGGGUAUUGUUUCGUUCUUCAUUAUAGAUGUAGAUUCACCAGUUCCAGCUAGACUCCAAAAUUAUUAACAAGUGGGCUCGGCCCCUAUUCGUUUCUUGGGCGCAAGCAUAGAACCCUCCAUCUGUUCCUGUAUUGAUUCAAUGACCGCUCUAAUUUAUCAGUGCAUACACGGAAUUUAUGAAGAACCCGCAUCUUUCUUACUCUAGCAAUUGAGAAAACAACUGUUAGACUGUUUAUUGCUUGUCAGAAUCAGCUGUAACGUCUGCUCGCGUAAUUAGUUACAGCAAGCUGGUCCUCAAAUACGGGCUCAACUUCUUUAGUUUAAUUUCGCUAGCCACUCGAUCCUCAUAAAUAAAUCCUUCAUGGGUGAUUCCUGUUAUCCCCUCCGUACAUGACAGGUCCUUAGAGUUGUUUAAAAUCAUAUGUGAAGGACGUGCUAAUUGAUCGAACACUGCGAUCUUCUUUUUGUUGCGAGAGAAGAUAGUAUGGCCACAUUUGAUUUGCAUACUGCGAAUUUUCAGCUGUUUCAUUAUCCGCGAAGCCUUAAAUUGAUGCUCUGUGAUGCUUUCUAGCCGUAAAGAAUACGAACUCAUUACUGGAAACACAAUAAAGAACAAAGUCGUAGCUUCUCUCUAAGCUGCUUGAGUCUAAACUUUCCUUUGGUUUGUUCUUUGAGGCAGUGUUAUAUAUUCCGUGUUCCUGCAUUUCUUCCCAAUGAUAGGUGCUUCUAUCACGACCAAGAAAC